AUGCGGCCGCAGUUGCAGGAGGCGAAGUGGUGGGAAAGGGGCAAACGAGACGGGUGCGCCCACCCGCGCAUCAACAACUUGGAAGAGGAAAAGGCGAGAAUGGAAUUGAGCGUCGACAGGCGGAGGCCGUACGUGCCCAUCGACACCUGCAGCCCGGGUGGGACCUGGAUUGAGGAGAAGCGGUACAAUAAGGUGCGGCACGAGAAUGGGGCGCAACAGGCCUCUAAAGUUCUCUGCGGCAAUUGGCAGGAGGAGAAGGCGCUCGAAGACGAUCUCCUCGCUCAGCCACCGUUGCCGCCCGGGACAGUGGCACCCGAAGAGUUCGCACAAACGGCGGUGCUGCAGGCAAGCCUGGACCCCAUACGCGAGGGUCCUCAUGGGCGCUACACCGGUGGCUACCAGUCAACCCCCUACGUGACGACCGACGCGCGAAAUCCGCAUCUGCGCUUUUUACAGACGACGCAGCGCCUUGACUACUGCGAAGCAAACGGUGACGUAAAACGCCUGCGUCGCCCUGAUAUGGGCGUACGCAGUCGGGUACUGCUGGAAGUUGCGCUCAAGGCGGCGCAGGCAGAGAAGGAGGCAUGCGACACCGAGAAGCAGACACGCCUCUCACACAUUGCAGAGGAUGGCGGUGGCAUUUACCUCUCAACGUACCACAAAUCGCACUGUCGCGAAGAGGAGCUACCAGUCAUCAAUGAGUUGCGUAACGACUACCUCUCCGAUGAGCCUAUCACGCUUUAUACGGGUAAUCCCGUCACAGGGUGCACCAUGACAGUGCACGGCAAGACACCUGUGGAGCCCGUGAAGGAGCGCUCGCGCUUUGGACGUCACACAUAUUUCACCGAGCGGAAAUAUGCGCUGUAG